CGCAACACCACCACAUUCUUAGAGCCAGGUACGAUUUCUCUAGCCUUUCACCUUGUACACAUCUACGCAACCAAACGCCGCUGUGAUCCGAAGCCCAACUCGAAUGCGAAAUUUCUGCGGUACUCUCGAUAUGCUAGCCUUGGAGAUUUAAUUCGACCCUUGAGCGCAUACCCCGUCACUGGUCUUCGAUACCGAUAGUUGUCUGCUUGGUUGCGCGAGCUGCAUUCAAGAUGGUCGGCAAGAAGAGUGGCAAGGCCCUACUCCGGGAGGAGGGUCUCGAGAGAACAGAUAAUAACAUGGAAUUGACAUCGUGGCCGCAAAUAAUACCUAUCAAUCAGAAGAAUUAUUACACCGACUACCUCAAACGAGAUGAACAAAUCCUCGCGGUCCGAACGCAACAGGAGGAGGCCCGUAGCAAGAUGGUCAAACAAGCCAAAGACCGAGACCGAGCCCUGGCACAAGGCAAAACCGUUGGACCAGAUGGAGACAUUGAAAUGGAAGAGGGCGAGGAAGAAGCUGAAGAUGAAGCCGCGAGCGGUGCUAAGACCAUUGUCAUCCACCUUGGGUCACAGAACUUGAGGAUUGGUCUCGCAAACGAUGCACUUCCCAAGACAGUCCCUAUGGUCAUCGCGCGCCGAGCGCCUCAUUCGGAAAGCGAAGAAGGAGACGGCGAACCAGCGCCCAAGAGAGCAAAACUCGACAACGGAUCGCACCCCUCCGAACCUGAGAAACGGUUUGGUGACGAGUUCCAGAAGAAGUUCACGGGCAUGUCCAAUGAUCUCAAGUUGAGAAUGAGGAUGAACAAGAGGAAAGUGUUGCCUCAAUCGAGGGAUAUGGUCACCAGCUACAACAGGAGAAAUACAUACGAGACUAUUACAGAACACAACGAUACCAUGCAGAUUGACUGGACAGAAACGUCAGGGCCGGGACAGCGUCCUCCGGAGUACAUUACGGGAAGAGCUGCACUACGAAUACCCGACAAGUCAACGCCUCGCUACAAGCUAUUUUGGCCAAUUCGGCUGGGCUGGCUCAACGAGCGCGACUAUGCUUCGAAGCAGCUCCUGUAUGAGGAUAUCCGGAUCAUCAUUGAGGAUGCAAUCACAUCUCAAUUAGAGGUAAAGAUUCAGAGUCGUGGAGAACGGGCACAGUACAGCUGCGUUGUUGUGAUACCCGACUAUUACGAGAGAACAUAUGUGACCACUCUGCUCGAUAUGGCGAUCUCAGAUUUUGGCUUCGGACGAGUCUGCUUUGUCCAAGAGAGCUUAGCCUCGUCUUUCGGCGCAGGUUUCACCACCUGUUGUAUCGUCGACAUUGGAGCACAAAAGACAUCAGUGUCUUGUAUUGAAGAUGGAAUGAUUAUUGAAAACUCCCGCGUCAACUUGAAGUAUGGAGGAAGGGACAUCACAGAGGCCUUCGUGAAGAUGGUCAUAUACAACCAUUUUCCAUAUGCGGAGCUGAAUCUGAAUAGACGCUUCGACUUCCAGCUUGCCGAGGAACUCAAGCAGAAAUUCUGUACGAUGACUGAGGCCGAUAUCUCAGUGCAACUAUACGACUUCCACCUUCGAGCUCCCGACCAGGACACAAGGAAAUACACCUUCAAGAUAUAUGACGAGGUCAUCCUCGCGCCGAUGGGAAUGUUUAAACCCACCAUCUUUGAUGAUGCUGGCAAGCUUAACGGCCGGCGAAAAUUGGUCGACAAGUCUUAUGAUAUCUACGAUGGCAAGCCCAAUGACCCCAGCUCGACCGCACAAGCCGAAAUCCUCACGUCGAUUGCGCCCGAAGAGAUCAUCAACUCUACCAUCAAGAAGGCUGCAAAAGCGAAUGGACUCACCAACGGUCAUACCAACGGGACAAAAGAAGAGCCGGCCAACGACUCUCGCCGCCCUUCGUUCAGCAACAUUAAAGAGAUGGACGCGACACCACAACCUUCGGCCGCUAGCUCCCCUGCACGACAACUUGAUGGCACCCCUCAACUUGAGGACGGUGAAGGCGCCGCUGUCCAAGAGAAGCCCAAGGCUGAAGAAGAGGAAGAGGAGCCCGUUAGUAUUGAGCGCCGAGACGACAUCCUACCGAUCUAUCCGCUUCCCAAUGCAAUUGUCACGUCGGUCACGCACGCGGCUAGAGGCUCGGCGCAAAAGACGAGUGAUCUGCUAAGCAGUAUCAUGCUCACUGGGGGCACAAGCAUCAUUCCUGGGUUGGCUGGACAUCUGGAAGAUACACUCAAAGGAAUAUUGCCCGGCUAUAGCAAGGACAUCAUUAUCUCACGGCCACCGAGGGACCUCGAUCCGCAAGUUGUGGCAUGGAAGGGUGGCGCGGUGUUUGGCCGUAUGAGUCGGACAAACGAUAGCUGGGUCAAUCCUUUCUUGUACGAGAGGUUGGGCGAAAGAGUCCUCGCACACAAGAUGAUGUGGGCGUGGUGAGAUAGCCUGGUAGCCACGGUUCUGGAUCAUGCGUAUGAGAAACCUCGCAUGAUCCUGAUAGUACUUACGAGCCGACCAAAGAGGAAGAAUAAAGCUCUCACUUGAUGGCACUGGAUAUCAAGGAGAUGGUAAUCUGAGGAAGUAAUCACCGAGAUUACGUCCUUGACAUUGUCAAUCACUAGACUUCUCGCUCCAGAGGUUGCACGCGAAAU